ACCUGAAAGCAGCCUUGCCUCCCUCUGGAAGGCCACAUGGCGGGAGAUUUAAAUGUUCGCGAGCAUAACGUAACUACUUUUUUAUUCAGUCAGUGCUUAGUACCGGCUAUCGAUGUCCCCCUCUUCAUCACAUCUAACCUUACUGUAACCAAACGCAAUGAAUCAUAUGAGGAACAUUAAAGAAAUGCUGAGCAUCCCAACUGGAAGCAGGAAUGUGGCUACCAGUGGCUACUCAAGUUUCACAGACUCUCAGCUUUUCUUUGGGACUCAGUUUUGGCCUGAAAAUUCUCAAGGCACAUCUCAAGAUAUGAGUUUGUCAACAAGGACCUCCCAGCAAAGUUCACAAGAGGGAAGUGACCCAAAGUUUAUGAACACUUAUCACACCAAACCUCUCCUGUUUGGAGAAUUAAAGGACAAAAACAAAGCUUUUGGAAUAUUGGAUAAAUUUGAGGAGGACAAGAAAAGGGCAAAAGAAAAAACUGACAGUGAUAUUUUAGCCAAAGAAUGUCAUCAUUUUCGAGAAACUCUCAACAAUAUCCAGCAGCUGGUCGCUGGCACAGAGAGAAACACUGCUGUGUGCCAAACAGUCCUUCAAAAAUUUGACAAUUUUGUGUCAACAUUGGAAAAUAAUCUUAACAGUUUUCACAGUGACAUUUCCCAGCAGUUUGAGACUUUGCUGAAUAAAGUCAACUCCCAGAAAGAGAUGAUAACUGAACUGGAGGAGAGGGUGCAAAAGAGUGGACACACCACAGCAGAACUUCAUUCAUAUCUUCAAAGCUUAAAUAAUAGUCUGGGGUGUCUCAGAGGGGAGCAGGAGAGAGAACGAAACAUACUUGAAGAGGCUCUGAAGCUGCUCAGCACCUUAGUCUCAGAGCACUCAGCCAAACCCAGCGCUGAGAGAGUGAUGGACAGCACCGUUCAGACGUCACCAGGGCUGGAGAAGCCACACUCCAACAUGCUGCAGGACAACACGCUCAAGGGCACACAGCUUACAUGUAUGUCAAACAACCGUGAAUACAAUCAAACUGUUUUUCCCUCUCAGGACCCCAGCGGCAUAAUAGGAAAGAGGAAAUUCACUUCUAGAGGCUAUAGGAGACACAAAAAGAGGCCGCUGGUUCUCUCACAGAAGAGUAAGCGCUCUGUCACGGAUGAAAACAGUCAUGUUCUCACAAACUGUAACAAACGACAAAAUGUUUCAGCUCCUCUCUGUGAGCGUCGUGAUGUGAACCGGGUAACCUGCCAGGAUAGUCUUACCCCAGACUGUCUGAUACCAUUGAACAGAGACACGAGAUCCAUGGCUGCGGGAUGUUUCAUCACCCCUCUCAGCUGCUGGUCUCAGGACAGCAACAGCUCUGUGUACCUCCCAGGAAUCGAUUCCACCUUAGAAAAGGUAUCGGCUGAGUCCAGGACGGGGACCCGAGCGGAACCCAAAAGCCUCUGGCAGCUUUUUGACAUUGAUUGUGAUUCUGAUUUAGGCUCUUAGAGGAUGAGUGAAGGAUUCAGAGCAGUGAAGCAUUUGUGUUCUUAUUUGUGGUGUACAGGCGAAGUAAAAGCUCAAAAUAUAUUUAUUACCUGAUCUAUUAGUUGUAGAGUUUUUUUGAAGAAUGAACACAUUUGUGUGUGUGUGUGUGUGUGUGUGUGUGUGUGGGGGGGGGUGUAUUACAGUAGUAAUGACAAGCAAGUUAAGGACAAAGUGGCCCCCAAAGUAUUGCAAAUAUUUGAAGAUUUAAAUGUUCAUUUUUCAGCUGAGAAGUGUUGUUAAAUGUCUCUGCAUACUUUUGAAACAUUAGCCUAUUCUGUAUUUAUUCUGCUGAGUUGAAAUUGAAAAUAAACUGAAAGGCUUUGCAAACUAA